AUGGGAUUCUCCAACAGCCCCCAAGCAGGGAGGCCUCCUCCUCCUCCUCCUGAUGAUCCGUUUCCUGAGCACCGAGUCUUCGGCGGUGCUCACCCGAACGGUACGGGCGCUCAGGCAUUCCGGUCCCCACUCGACGACCCCACCCGGACGUCCUUGAACGGCACCGAGCCCGACCUGUCAGAGCCGCUUACCCUCGGCGAAACACGCCAACUCACUCGGGCCACCUUUUCCCCGCGGCAUUUUGGAACGCCAAGCGCUUCUGCCAGGAUUAUCAUAUGA